AUGAAUAACGACAUUACAACGGGUCAACCACAAAAUGAUAAUGGUUGCAUCCUAUGUCCAAAUCCCCCUGACUCAAACAUGUUAUCUUGCAUGGAAUGCAAAAGAGUAUUUCAUAAAAUUUGCCUUAAAAAUGCCAAUAGAACGAAUCAACUCUGUCCAGACUGUGCAGACCGCAGGCCACCUUCGCCUACCCAUAGUAUCCGAAGCCAUUCCUCUGCUGUCUCGCGCCAAUCUCAUGCACGUAGCAUUCAACUACAACUACAGCGUCUUGAAGAAGAGAGAAAUCUCAAUUUAGAAUUUCUAAACAAAAAAUAUGACCUUCUGCAGGAAGCUGCAACCGUAAAUGAAAAUUCAUCAACUAGUUCUCAAUCGGUCCAAAACUGGGUCAAUCAACUUCCCAAUCAUGACCAGCAAGCCGAAUCAGCCUUAAUGUCUACCAACAACAAUGGUGUACAUGCGCAGUCCACACAUUUGUUUGAAGAAACGUCUUACUUGGAUAUGCCUAAUAGUUCAGCAGAACGAAACUCCAAUAGUGAAACCACUCGUGGUACGGGACAAAAUAAAGUAACAACUGGCAGUGCUACCCAAUUACCGCCCAAUUCUACUAACCUGUGCUCAGCAGCUUGUAACAUUGCAACUUCAACGAUAGGCAAUACUGCACCGAUUGCUGCAGUGUCAGCCACCACCAAUAGUGGAGAUCAAAGAUAUUUGCAUACGCAGACUGCUUCGCUUAAUCCCAAUGCGGUAACUUUCAUAAAUUUACCCAAAAAUUCUUAUUUUAACACUGCAACACAACUUCCACCAUCUGUUGCAAGUGCACCCCGCCAGAAUUAUCCCGAAAAUACACAAUCUUUUAUUUAUCAAGCACCCAUUUCAUCUACAAUGCGCCCCCAAACGAACAGUUUCAAUAGCACAUCCCAAUUUCAUAAUAGCAAUCUACUGCAACAAAGCAGCAUCAAUGCUAGACAAUCUGUUCCCAAGGAACUGCCAAUAUUUUCCGGGCACGCCGAAGACUGGCCAUUAUUUAUUUCCACUUUCGAAUGGUCCACCUCAACUUGCUGCUUUUCGGAGGCCGAGAACUUAAUUCGUCUCCAAAAGUCUUUAAAAGGUGAAGCACUUUAUAGUGUACAGCAUUUGCUUAUCCAUCCAUCAAAUGUCUCUGCCGUCAUCGAUAUUCUUCGAAUGCUCUACGGCCAACCCGAAAAGAUAUUGAACUCUAUAAAAGAAAGAAUAAAUUCAUCGCCAAAGGUAGAUGAAAACAAUUUGCAAACACUGACUCACUUUGCGAUAAACGUCCGUAGUCUAAUCGCCACUAUUAAAGCCGGCAACUUGCCAGAUGAGAUAAAUAAUUCUUUUUUACUUCAACAAUUACUGCAAAAACUCCCAUCUUCGUAUCAAAUGCAGUGGGCAACCAUAAAACAGCAGCUUAUGAUUCAAAACAAGAAACCAAACUUAUCUGCGUUUGACAGUUGGUUAUUCAGUGUUGGAUUAACAGCCAGUACAAUAACAACUGAUCCCAUUUCUAACAAUCGAGAUAAAAAUCGUCAUACUAAAAGCAGCAGCUUCAAUAACAACAAAACAACUACAAGUAAGAGAGCAUUUAUCUACUCUCAUAGUGAUGAUAAAAAGUGCAUUGUAUGCAACAAUAAAAACUGCAGAGCUGUGAGUGACUGUCCAACAUAUCAGUCGUUGGAACGCAGUGAAAAAUGGAACGUGGUGAGAACCAAGAAGCUUUGCAAAUACUGUUUGGGUGUGCAUAUGGGAGAAUGCAGGAAAAAGAAAAAGUGCGGCGAGGAAGGCUGUGAGUACUAUCACCAUUCUUCCCUACAUCGAUAUACGUCACCUUCACCACCUGUUGGAAGCAAACAAACGUCAAAUCAAAAUAUGACAAACAGUUCAAAUGAAAGAGACGUGAUACAUAAUUCCCACAAUAAUAUGUUGACAAAUAUUUUGUUUAAAAUUGUGCCAAUUACUAUAUAUGGAAAUAAUAAAAGCAUCGAAACCUAUGCGUUUAUUGAUGAGGGUUCGUCGGUCAGCCUUAUGGAUAAUUCAAUUGCCAGUGAUCUAAAAGUUGAUGGUGUGGCUAGCCCCCUGUGUUUGAAAUGGACGGGAGGGAACAGCAAAACCCGUGUGUCUUUAAACGUAUGUACAGUGGAAUCAUUAAGUUUACCAGUGCAAUCUUUGAACUACAAAUUGUUAGCGCAGCGUUAUCGCCAUCUCCGAAAUUUGCCUGUUAAAAGUUAUGUGAACGCUGAGCCAAAACUACUUAUUGGAUUAAAUCAUCUUAAUUUGGGUAUUUCCAACAAGAUUCGUGAAGGUGCCUCCAAUGAGCCUGUUGCUGUCCGAACGAAACUGGGAUGGCUCAUAUACGGCACAACAUCCGAACCAGAUCAUACAAGUAAGCCAUUUAAUUUUCAAGUAUGUAAUUGUACAGCUAGCGAUGAAAAAUUAGAUGAGUUAGUAAGAAGUUUUUACACACUCGAGAGCAUUGGGAUAUGUACAAAAGACCCUCUUAAAUCUGAAGAUGAGAGUCGAGCAUUAAACUUAUUAAGCAAAUACAUGAAGCAAAAGGCAAGUGGUAAUUAUGAGGUUCCAUUAUUAUGGAAGUUUGAUUGUGUCGAACUGCCAAACAGUUUUGAUAUGGCUAUAAAGCGGUUAACUUGCCUCGAAGGGAAGUUAAAACGAAACUUUGAUCUCUUAAACAUUUUUCGAGAUACAAUUUCUAAAUACCUAUCUAAAGGCUACAUACGUAGACUUGAUGAAAAAGACAUCAGGCGCAACGACGGAAAAGUUUGGUAUUUACCAAUUUUUGCCGUCUUUAAUAAGAAUAAGCCUGGUAAAUCGCGUGUGGUGUGGGACGCGGCUGCCAGGGUUGGUGAAUUUUCGUUGAACUCGUUUCUGCUUAAGGGGCCUGAUAUGUUGACAUCAUUGCCAUCAAUUCUUUUUAAAUUUCGGCAAAAGAAAGUGGCAGUAUGUGGAGACAUCGAAGAGAUGUUUCAUCAAAUUCACAUCAGAGCAGAAGAUCGUGAUGUGCAACGGUUUCUUUGGAGGGAUUGUAACCAGGAGAGAGCGCCAGAUGUGUACAUAAUGGACGUCAUGAUAUUUGGUGCCACAUGCGCUCCCAGCAUAUCGCAGUAUGUGAAGAAUUACAAUGCUGACAAAUUUCUGGAAGAGUUUCCCCUUGCUGCAAAGGCAAUCAAACAAAAUCAUUAUGUGGAUGAUUUGCUAUGUUCUAUUGAUACGGCUGAGGAGGCAAUAAAAUUGGUUAAAGAUGUGUGCUUUGUACAUCGCCAAGCUGGUUUCAAUAUAAGAAACUGGGUGUCCAAUAGCAGGGAGGUUAGGAAUGCAUUUGCAUCUACUCUUUCGGAGAAAGUUAAAUGCAUAAAUUUUAAAGCCGAAAACAGUGUUGAGAAAGUACUGGGCGUUUUUUGGGAGCAUGAUGAGGAUGUUAUAACAUUUAAAAUAGCAUCAUGGCUUCUGGAGGGUGAAUUAUUGUCAACCAAAAAAGCUCCAACUAAGCGAGAAAUGCUUAGACUAGUAAUGUCCAUUUACGACCCCCUGGGACUAAUUGGACACAUAGUUAUGUUCGUGAAGGUUCUCAUGCAAGAAGUUUGGAGGUCCAAAUCGGGGUGGGAUGAACCAAUCCAUCACGAAUUGGCGGCAAAAUGGAGUCACUGGUUACGAAUUUUGCCAGACAUCGAAAACCUCAAAAUAGAAAGAUGCUAUCUAAAAACUUUUCAUAAUUAUGAAGGCGUUAAUGUCCAGCUGCAUACCUUUGUGGAUGCCAGCAAGGACGGUUAUGCUGCUGUAUGUUAUUUAAGACUGAAGAAAAAUGCCGAUGUGGUUUGUUCGUUAGUGACUGCCAAAACCAGAGUUGCCCCAAUUAAAAUAACGUCAGUGCCUAGGCUUGAACUUAUGGCAGCUUUAAUAGGAGCGCGUCUAGCGAAGUUUGUGCUGGAUAAUCACGAAAUUGGAAUUUCUAAAAAAUAUUUUUGGAGCGAUUCGAAGACAGUUUUGAGUUGGAUCAACUCUGACCAUCGCAAAUAUAACCAGUUUGUUGCAUUUCGGGUUACGGAAAUCCUGGAACUCUCAUCAAUCAGCGAUUGGAAUUGGGUUCCAAGUAGAGAGAAUGUGGCCGAUGAUGCCACAAAAUGGUCGAAAAUUCCAAAUUUUUCCGAUUCUAGUAGGUGGUUCCAUGGACCAGCUUUUUUGUUCCAACCUGAAGAAAUGUGGCCCCAAAAGACGGGUUUUAGUGGUAAUACAGAGGAGGAACGAAUACAUACCUCGUACCCAAUAAAUAAAUACGAGCCCAUUUUAAAUGAGCUGCGAUUUUCGAAAUGGAAUCGGCUGGUGAGAGCUAUUGCUUAUGUGGUCAAAUUUAUUACUAUUUGUCGAAAAAAUGAGCCCAGAUGCCAAGGAUUAACACUGGAUUAUUUAAAGAGAGCGGAGCAUAUAAUAUAUAAACAGGUGCAAUCUGUGACUUACUCAGCUGAAAUUGCUGCCCUGAAUACAAAGUCUCCUGUGCCAAAAUCCAGCGAAAUUUUUUCAAAAACACCCUAUUUGGAGGAAGGGCUUUUACGAGUUGAUGGCAGAAUAGAUUUGGCAAAUGUUACAUUUGACCAAAAGCGUCCAAUAAUAUUGCCCAGAAAACAUUAUGUUACCAAAUUAAUAAUUCUUCAUUAUCACGAAAAAUUUCAUCAUAUGCAUCAUGAAACAGUUGUGAAUGAGCUGAGGCAAAAGUAUGCCAUCUCGAAACUUCGCACCACUGUAAAGACUAUUUUUCGUUCCUGUCAAUUCUGUAAAAUCACCAAGGUGGUGCCUAACCCCCCUCAGAUGGCAAAGUUACCUCGAGCUCGUGUAGCUGCUUAUGCAUCUCCAUUCUCUUAUACUGGAGUAGACUUCUUUGGGCCCAUAUUGGUCAGUGUGAAUCGCCACAAAGAGAAACGAUAUGGCUGUUUGUUUACGUGCCUCACUAUAAGGGCCGUUCAUAUUGAGAUUGCACAUUCUCUUACGACAAGCUCUUGUAUUUUGGCUAUUCGCAAUUUUAUGGCGCGUAGAGGUACACCGCAUGAGUUCUAUAGCGACAAUGGAACUAAUUUUAUUGGAGCAGAGAGGGAACUAAGAGAGGCGCUAGCAGAGGUUAACAAAAACGAAUUACUCGAAACUUUUACAACUGCCAACACCAAAUGGAAUUUUAAUCCUCCUGCUUCACCCCACAUGGGAGGCGCCUGGGAGCGUUUAGUUCGCUCAAUCAAAAUGGUUUUGUAUAAGAUCAUGCCCUCAAGGCACCCUACUGAUGAGCUACUUUUGAGCAUGUUAAUCGAGGUGGAAAAUGUGAUAAAUUCGAGGCCGCUCGCAUAUGUUCCAAUUGAAGAACAUAUGGCAGAAGCUUUAACCCCGAAUCAUUUUCUUGUGGGAAGCUCCAAUGGGCUAAAACCCUUAACUACAGUUUACGACAGUGGAACCUUAUUGAGACAGAGCUGGCUUAUUUCUCAACAAUAUGGCAACAUAUUUUGGAAGAAGUGGCUGGCCGAAUAUUUACCAUCGCUUACUUGUAGGACAAAAUGGCACGAGAAAUCAAAGGCAUUAUGUCAGGGGGAUUUAGUUAUCAUUGUAGACCCUUCUUUACCUAGAAAUGUCUGGCUGCGAGGCAAAGUACUUGAAACGAGGUUGGCACCAGAUGGUCAGGUCCGCAGCGCAAAAAUAUUGACAUGUCGAGGCGUAAUGGAGAGACCUGCAACGAAGCUGGCAAUUUUGGAUGUUGCUGCUCAAACUAAGUCUGACGUAGAAGAAGCUUCUUGUCAUACUCCGGGGGGAAUGUUGACGCCAAUCUCAAAAAUGCCUUAAUUUAAAUUUAUAGCAACUCAAUUUUGUAUCUGUCAGUUCGUAAUUAUUGAUAGGGUUAAGUAACGUAAUUAUUGUUAGUGUUUAGUAACUAGUAAUUUUUAAUUAAAUGUUUUUAAAAUGUCAAGUAGCGUCCUCAUUCGCCAUAUUCUUAAAGUCCAUAAAAAUUUGCAAGUUGGCAUAUACGCGGUGUUGCGGAUUCAGGAGGAAUAUUGCAGAUAAUUAUUAAAAUCUAGUGGUUUUCAUACCAAAAAGUA